AUGCACAUGUGAUGUAAUAAUUGUGUGGUAGGAGAAAGAACAAGAGUACAAACAGGGUAGCACUUCCAUUGCCGCUUCUAAUACACAUGAACCACAUAACACUCUUCUCUAACUCCCACCUCAAAAACCCAUCAUCAUCAUCAUCAUCUUCUUCGUUACUUCGCCACAACCACCAUGCCUCCACUACUCACAAACACACAUCACUAUCAUUACUUACUUCCUCCUUCAACCUCUCACAACCGCCAUCACCACCGUCACCGCCACUGCCACCAACCUCUUAUCACAUUCUCCUCCGUCAACCGCCACCAUUUCACCCUCUCUUCUUCCAAACGCAUUCUCUUAUCCUCUUCAAUAAAAUCAUCUUCCAUCAAUGAAGUUUCAAUCCACAACAAUUCAGAAUCAGCUUCCAAUGCUUCUGACGAGUUUCUUGACAGAAUACGCAAAUUGGUUUCUUUCCUUCCUUCUAUUUUCCCUGGAGGAACAUGGUGGAACUUCUCCGAUGAUGUCGAGGUUUCCAUGUUCAAUCAACCCGUUACCGUUUGGUAUGCUUUGGGUAAAAUGUGGAACCUUGUGGCGAAAGAUAGAUGGGUUAUUUUCGCUGCUUUUUCUGCUCUUAUCAUUGCAGCAGUUUCGGAGAUUUCUAUACCACAUUUUUUGACAGCAUCGAUAUUCUCGGCGCAAGGUGGUGAUAUUAAAGUUUUUCAUGGGAAUGUGCGUUUGCUGAUUCUCAUGUGUGUUACUUCUGGAAUUUGCAGUGGGAUACGAGGUUGCUUUUUUGGCAUUGCAAACAUGAUUCUGGUUAAGAGAAUGAGAGAAACAUUAUACUCUUCCCUUCUUCUUCAGGAUAUAUCAUUUUUUGACAAUGAAACAGUAGGUGAUUUGACAAGUAGACUUGGGGCAGAUUGUCAGCAAGUUUCAAGAGUUAUUGGAAAUGAUCUUAAUUUGAUACUGCGCAAUGUCCUUCAGGGGGGAGGUUCAUUAAUCUACUUGUUGAUUUUGUCUUGGCCACUUGGUUUAUGUACGCUGGUGAUAUGCUCCAUAUUAGCAGCGGUCAUGUUACGUUAUGGAUGGUACCAGAAGAAGGCAGCAAGGUUGAUCCAAGAAGUCACUGCUUCUGCUAAUAAUGUAGCUCAAGAGACAUUCUCUCUUAUUAGAACUGUUCGAGUUUAUGGAACUGAAGAAGAAGAACACGGAAGGUACAAAUGGUGGCUUGAAAAAUUAGCUGACAUAAGCUUGCGACAAAGCGCUGCAUAUGGAUUUUGGAAUUUCAGCUUCAACACUCUUUAUCAUUCAACUCAGAUUAUUGCUGUGCUGUUUGGAGGAAUGUCUAUUCUAUCGGGUCAUAUUACAGCAGAGAAACUUACUAAGUUUAUACUAUAUAGUGAAUGGUUAAUUUAUUCAACCUGGUGGGUGGGGGAUAAUGUAUCCAAUUUAAUGCAAUCAGUUGGAGCUAGUGAAAAGGUGUUCAACUUGAUGGAUCUCUCACCUAGCAACCAAUUUAUAACAGAAGGAGUGAAGUUGCAGAGUUUAACAGGGCAUAUUGAGUUUGUAAAUGUAUCUUUUCACUAUCCUUCAAGACCAACGGUACAUGUAGUGCAGCAUGUAAACUUUGUUGUCAAUCCUAGUGAGGUGGUUGCCAUUGUUGGUCUUAGUGGUAGCGGGAAAAGCACUUUGGUGAAUCUAUUACUCCGUCUCUACGAGCCUACAAGUGGUCAGAUUUUGAUAGACGGUGUCCCUCACAAAGACUUGGAUGUCAUGUGGUGGAGAGAGAGGAUCGGAUAUGUGGGACAGGAACCGAAGUUAUUCCGGAUGGAUAUUAGCUCGAACAUCAGAUAUGGAUGUACCCGCGAUGUAAAUCAGGAGGAUAUUGAGUGGGCUGCAAAGCAGGCCUAUGCUCAUGACUUUAUCUCAGCACUUCCUAGUGGUUAUGAGACACUUGUUGAUGACGAUCUUUUAAGUGGCGGACAAAAGCAACGAAUUGCUAUCGCUAGGGCCAUUCUUAGGGACCCGAAAAUAUUGAUUCUUGAUGAAGCCACUAGUGCAUUGGAUGCUGAAAGUGAACAUAAUGUGAAGGGUGUUCUUCGAUCGGUUAGAAGUGAUUCUUCAACAAGGAGAAGUGUCAUAGUCAUUGCACACAGGCUUUCUACCAUACAAGCCGCUGACAGGAUUAUUGUGAUGGAUAAGGGUCAAAUAGUUGAGAAUGGAAGUCACAGGGAACUUCUCUUGAAAGACGGUCUAUAUGCUCGAUUGACUAGAAAGCAGGCUGAUACCAUGGAAUGAUUUGUGUUUCCAGAGCAGAUAUCCAACUUCUCUCCUUCUAACGGCUAGUGGGGCAUGCAACAGUUUUUUAUUGCUGUCCCAUGUAUUCAUAGUAAUUUAUACAAAAAGGUUGGUGAAAGUUCAGCAAAGAAGGAAGCUGCAUCAGUUUUGGUUCAAAAUGCACAGGGAAGAUUUCACACUACCAGGUUCUCAUCUCAUGCAGAUGCAAAAGCAUAAAAAACUUGUGGAUAUGUUUGUUUUAUUGGCAAAAUACGAUUUGACAAGAAGGGAAAUAAAAUCCGCUCAAGAAAACGUUCAUUUGGACUCUUUUUGUGUGCAUGUGGCAACUUUCACUUGUAUUCAUAGUCAAAAUGCUGAUACUUUGUCAUCCUGAUAGUUGACCGUAUAUAACUGUUUAUUUUAUAGCUGUAAAUGUAAUGUAUUUUACGUCAAUAUAUGUAUUUGAGUGAAAGAAAUACAACUUGCCCAUGAUUGAUGUGGCACUUCAUUCUGAAGCUGAAUUCUGUACAUUUAGUUUUCAGAAUUCUCUGAUAUUUCUUCUCUUA